GCGGCGGCCGGAGGCGUUUCUGCUGGGGCUGCAGUCGCCGCCGCUGGGCUCCGAAACCAGCCGGACCCUAAGCCUUCCACCGCUUGCCUGCUCUGCCCCCGCUCGCCGGCUGCACCAUGAACAGAAGCAGCGGCGCCACGUCUUGCACUCCAACGGUCCCCGGCGACGGCCACAGCAGCGGGCACGGGCGCAGCGAGUGCCGUCGGGUCUGUAGCAACUGCCGGAAAGUCCUGAGGCAGGAAAAGAAAAUCAGAGUAUCUCUGCCUUUAACAAGAGGACCAAGUGCCUUUAUACCAGAGAAGGAUGUUAUGCAAGCCAAUAGUUUGAAUGAACGUAUGCAUCUGCUUGUGGAAGAAUAUUCUACAUCCGGUCGCCUAGACAACGUCACUCAGGUCAUGAGUUUACACAUUCAGUACCUGGAGUCUUUCCUCCGCAGUCAAUUUUAUAUGUUGCGUGUGGAUGGUCCUCUUCCUUUGCCUUACCGGCACUACAUAGCAAUCAUGGCUGCUGCCAGGCACCAGUGUUCCUAUCUAAUAAAUAUACACGUGGAAGAGUUCCUGAAGACUGGAGGGAUACAAGAAUGGCUGAACGGCUUAGAAUACAUUCCUCAAAGGCUGAAAAAUCUGAACGAAAUCAACAAGCUGCUUGCACACCGACCGUGGCUGGUUUCCAAAGAGCACAUUCAGAAACUUGUGAAGACAGGGGAAAAUAAUUGGUCUCUUCCUGAACUGGUGCAUGCUGUAGUCCUUUUGGCACAUUAUCACUCCCUGGCAAGUUUUGUUUUUGGCAGUGGCAUCAAUCCAGAGAGAGAUUUUGGGACUUCCAACGGCUACCGACUCAUAUCAGUUAACCACUUCUGUGUCUGUGAUCUCGCCAAUGACAACAACAUUGAAAAUGCAUCCCUCAAAAGUAACAGCUUUGGGCUCUCCGAUUCUUUAAGUGAGCUGGAGGCCUUGAUGGACAGAAUGAAGAGGCUACAAGAGGAGGACGAGACUUCCCCAGAAGAAAUGGAUACACGCUUUGAGAAAGAAAAAUCAGAGAGCCUACUAGUUGUUACUGAAGCAUUUGAUGAAGAAUUAAUUUGUGAUGUUUCCUGCUAUGUUGAAGACCCUGGGUUUGGUUACAAAGAUUUUGCAAGACGCGGGGAAGAUCAUCUUCCAACAUUUCGAGCCCAGGACUACACUUGGGAAAACCACGGAUUCUCCCUUGUGAACAGACUCUAUUCUGAUAUUGGGCAUCUCCUGGAUGAGAAAUUUCGGAUGGUCUACAACCUCACCUACAAUACCAUGGCCAGCCAUGAAGACGUGGACACCACCAUGUUAAGAAGAGCGUUAUUUAAUUAUGUUCACUGUAUGUUUGGAAUCAGAUAUGAUGACUAUGAUUAUGGCGAAGUUAAUCAACUACUUGAACGGAACCUGAAGAUUUACAUUAAGACAGUGACCUGCUACCCAGAGAGAACUACCAAGCGCAUGUACGACAGCUACUGGCGCCAGUUCAAGCACUCAGAAAAGGUCCACGUGAAUCUUCUUCUGAUGGAGGCUCGCAUGCAGGCUGAGCUGCUCUACGCCUUUCGUGCCAUCACCCGUCACUUGACCUGACGGGCCCAACGCGGCCGUCGGAGCCAAGCUUCCAAAUAAGACGAGCAGUAAAAGGCUCCCCUUCUUGGGCAGGCAUCAGGCCUAUUGGAUUCCGUAGUGUUGAAAGCUGAAGCUGUGUGUCUGGCAGCUGUUUACCGUGCAAUGACCCCUCGCUCUUCUCUCUGUCCGCCUCUCUCUUUCUUGAUGCUUAACUUUACUAGCGAUCGCAAACGUAACACUGUGGAGCGCGUCUCCUGAAGCGAUUUCCUGUUGGAAAUAUUGCUCACAACCCCCCUAAGCUGGUUUGCUAUCUCUGUGUUUUGUUUUUCCUUGCACUCAGAAUUAAAAACGUCUCUUUUGAGGUUCCACCUAUCGCACCCGAUCUCUCCUAUAGACGGCGUCGUGCACAAGGUUUGUCCGUCUCUUCUCCCCUCUUUUUUUUUUAGCCUCUUUCUGGAAUAUUAACAGUCCCUUUCCCUCGGUGUACGCUAUGUUUUUAAGCUGAAUCGCUCAGUUAGCUUGUUAUUGCAUAACUCCAAGAAAUGUUUAAUUCUUCGGCGGUAGUUUGGAGGUCGUGUGGAAUGAACGCAACUAUUGUGUUUGCCUUUUUCUUUUCUUUU